AUGUUUCGUUCCUUGGCAUCCGUGCCGCGUAUCAUAGCCGGGGUCGAGGAUCCGCCUCCCUCACCCAAAAUCACCGUUCUGCCUGACGGACCCGAGGUGCACUAUGCGCAUUUGAUGAAGGCCCCAGUCCGUAGAGAGUUCAACGAAGGCCGGUACACAACUCUCGUUCCUCUUCACAAAUCGCACGCAAAAAGUCUCUUCAAACAUGUAGGAGGCGAAGAAAAUGCCCAACUCUGGAAAUACCUCUUUCAGCAUCCGUACCUCGAGUUCGAGGACUUUGAGGAAGACGUCGCGAAGUGGAGCACUUCCACUGACCCUCUGUACUUCACUGUCAUGUCCGGCCCAGCUUCCGAUCUGUCCGCUGAGCCGGUCGGCUUCAUGACGUUCAUGUCAAUCGUGCCAGAACACAAGCGCAUUGAGAUUGGGUCAAUUUGUUUCAGCAAGAAGCUUCAACGAACCCGACAGGCGACUGAAACAUUCUACCUCCUCAUGAAAGAAGCAUUCGACGAAGGCUACGAAAGGAUUGAGUGGAAAGCCAAUCAUCUCAACGGCCCGAGUUUGGCGGCUGCUGAGCGAUUAGGCAUCAUGCUAAUCAACUUCUUGAUGUCGGCCAUGGUCCUGGCCGGCGUCGGUCAAGCUCAAAACUCGACAUUCCAGAACCCUAUCAUUACCGGUUUCAACCCGGAUCCGAGUUGCAUCUUUGUCCCUGAGUUCAACAACACAUUCUUCUGCGCAACGUCGAGCUUUCUGGCCUUUCCAGGUCUACCGAUACAUGCAAGUCGAGACUUGGUUCAUUGGAAACAUGUCUCCAACGCCUUUAGUCGAGCAGACCAGCUGCCCGGUCUGGCAUUUCUACCCAAGGCAACCAGCGGUAUCUAUGCGCCGACUCUCCGUUUUCACCAGGGCACCUUCUAUUUGCUCUGUACUCUUGUGAAUCAGCAGCUCCCGAGAACCAAUGACAGCCGAUGGGACAACUUUGUCCUUACAGCAACUGAUCCGUACAGCUCAGAUGCGUGGUCUGACCCUGUUCAUUUCAGCUUUCCAGGCUUUGACCCUUCGCCUUUCUGGGAUGACGACGGCAAAACCUAUGUCUCUGGCGCUCACACGGCGGCCUAUUAUCCGGGUAUCAUGCAUGCACCACUCGAUCUCGAGACUGGCGAAAUCGGAGACAUUAUCAUGCCCUGGAAUGGUACCGGCGGACGGUCUCCUGAAGCACCUCAUAUCUGGAAGCGGGAUGGCUUUUACUACCUCCUCCUGGCGGAGGGGGGCACGCGCGAGAAUCACAUGGUCACGAUGGCACGAUCGCGUAACCUGACUGGUCCUUAUGAUCCUGCUCCUGGAAACCCGCUUCUAACUUCCGCAAACGACACGAGUUCAUACUUCCAAGCUGUCGGGCAUGCCGACCUCUUUCAAGAUGCCAAGGGUCAGUGGUGGUCCGUUGCUCUUGCAGUUCGUGCAGGAGGCACAUAUGGCCAAGAUCCAGGUGCCUACUUCGGGAACCUGCCGAUGGGCCGAGAAACUGUUCUUACACCAGUGACCUGGGAGGAAGGAGAAUUCCCAGUCUUCACACCGGUUACUGGUGAUGUCUCUGGAUGGCCACUUCCACCGGAGGCCAUCCCCGACGAAGGCGAGGGCCAACUGAGCGACGCAGACGACGCGAUCACCUUCCCACCUGGAAGCAAGCUCCCAAUUCACUUUGUUCACUGGCGUUUGCCAAAGGCAAGAAACUAUGCCGUCUCACCACCCGGACACUGGAACACUUUGGCACUCAAGUCAUCAGUUCUCAACUUGACUGCCUUUGAUGCGGACUUUGCGUUGGGAAGGGGACAAACAUUCGUCGGAAGGCGAAUGGCGCAUUCCCUAUUCCGCUUUCGUGUGGAUGUUGAUUGGGCCAAGUCUCUUACAAAAGAAGAGAUGGAAGUAGGCGCCUCCAUCAUCCAGGACCAAGCUCAGCACUUUGACCUUGGCAUUGUCAUGCUCAAGCCGAGUGGAAGUGAAGAUCUACGACCCCAUCUUCGGUUCAGAGGCAUCUCGGAAACGCCGUAUCGAGCAAUGGAAAAUCCUCCGAAUGAGAUAUUCCCUUUACCCGAGGGAUGGAACGGACAGAAGAUAUCUCUUCAGAUCGAAGCAGUCAACAGCACACACUUCGCUUUCUCGGCUGGGCUUGCCAGCCAAGGAGAUGUUUCUGAGAUGAGAGUAUUCGGUCACUGCAAAGGAACUGAAUUGGUUCCAUACUACUCUGGUUAG